GUAACUGCAGCAAUAUGUCGAGCCGGGUGCCUAUUUUUCUUGCGGUUAUCUUAGUGAUUAUACUCAUAUCCAAAAUAAAAGGUGAACAGCAAAGCGCCGAAAAUCAUUUGGAGGAAGGCAAUCCUCAGCUUCAACUUAUUUUGGAGACCAUAAAUCAACACGAGCUGCAGAGAGUAAAGGAAAUGAUUGAAAAUGCAAAAUUGGAUAUUGUAAAACAGCGACCCAAUAGCAAGAGAUUGCGAUGGAAUCGCAAAACGAGUUUCCCAAACCGCAAGGAUCUUGGAAAAUCGGAACAUAGAGCAUUUGUCAGUACCACCCCGACAUCUCAGCAAAGCAAUUCGGAUUACAUUAAUGUAAACAAUUAUUUGCCCACCCCCGCUCCUUGGUGGUUUAACUAAACUUCGAAUUUAUUUAUAUGUAUUUAAUUUGUAACUUUUGUAGUUCUAAUUAGUUGAGUACUGAGCAAUACCACAAUUUUUUUUGUCAAUACUUUAUAAGUUAUUUUAUUUUUAAGUGAGAGGCUUUUCAUCCAAAUACAGCAUUUAUCUCCACACCACAA